UGCUAGAAUAAACCUCCUUGAUAGACAGCUUCAGCGGUGAGGGUGUCUGCAUUGACUGUAAACGCCAGAACAGUUCACUGAGAAGGUCAACAGGAGAGUAUUGUGAGGAUAAUUAGAGGACAAGCUUAGUAAUACGACCCACAUUACAUAUAAUUGGCUGCUUCUGUAGGUUGUCAGGUCAUAGAGGGGGACUAGGACAUAGCUAGCCAGCGCUAGCUAACAUAGACGCUAACUGAAAGUGUCAAUUAGUCUAUUAACGGUAGAUUACACAGUUGGUGACUGUAACUGUCUGUUUCACAACAAAGUCAUAGGCUUUGGGAAAAAACAUUUUGUAGAAUAGUUAAGAGCCUCUUCAGUUAGCGGUAGGUCAUAUUUAGUCCAUCUUCCGCUACUGUCAGGGGACGUUGAAGAGCGACGAUGGACUUCGUUGCUGGAUGCAUCGGAGGGGCUGCUGGAGUCUUGGUUGGACACCCAUUUGACACGGUUAAGGUGAGGCUGCAGGUCCAGAGUGUGGACAAGCCUCUGUACCGUGGGACCUUUCACUGUUUCCAGUCCAUCAUUCGGCAGGAGACGUUAUUUGGUUUGUACAAAGGCAUCGGAUCCCCCAUGAUGGGCCUCACAUUCAUCAACGCCAUAGUGUUUGGAGUCCAGGGGAACACCAUGCGUCUGCUGGGACACGACACCCCGAUGAACCAGUUCCUGGCGGGCGCAGCAGCGGGCGCCAUCCAGUGUGUCAUCUGCUGCCCCAUGGAGCUGGCUAAAACCCGGCUGCAGCUGCAGGGUACUGGAGAGAAGAAGUCCUCCAGGAAGUUGUACAAGAAUUCCCUGGACUGCUUGGUACGCAUCUACAACCGAGAGGGUCUGCGGGGCGUGAACAGAGGCAUGGUCACCACACUGAUCCGCGAGACGCCCGGCUUCGGGGUGUACUUCCUGGCCUACGACGUGCUGACGCGUGGACUCGGGUGUGAGCCAGAUGACCGCUUCAUGAUCCCCAAACUGCUGUUCGCAGGGGGCAUGGCUGGCAUCGCCUCCUGGCUGUCCACCUAUCCCGUGGAUGUGAUCAAAUCGCGGCUGCAGGCGGACGGGGUGGGGGGGGUGUACCGAUACAGCAGCAUCGCCGACUGUGUGCGGCAGAGCGUCAGGAGAGAGGGCUACGUGGUGUUCACACGAGGCCUCACCUCCACGCUGCUGAGAGCCUUCCCCGUCAACGCAACCACUUUCGCCACCGUCACCCUCAUCCUCAUGUACUCCCGGGGGGAGGGGCAAGGAUCUAAAGACUGCGAGUUGGCCCCGACGGGUCACCAGGCGCAGCUUCAGCAGCAGGCCCACCCCUCCAGCCUGUGAUUGCACAAAAAGUCUCAACAUGGGCACUUUACUAGAGAAUGGAAAGAAGAAACAAACAUUAAAAAAAAAGGUUAUUACUGUUACUAAGUCUCACAACAGACCAGUCAUUCCCAAUUGUAAGUCAAAAACAGUCUGUCAUUUUAAAAAGGAAACAAAGGAAAAUAAGUGUAUAUUUAUCUUUCUCAGUUUCAGUCUCGCCUCUGACGAUGCAGAGUUGUAAACGUGUUACCUCUAAUAAGAAAUGAAGUUAUUUUGCAGCAGUUUUACAAAUCUCUCGUAUUACACUGAUCCAGACUUGUUACUGAGCCACAAAAGUGAGGGUGUGGCUAGGUAGCGUGUGCACUGAAGGUUGAUAUCUCUAUAUAUAUAUUUAACUGCACCUGUGUUUAUAUCAUUGUCUUUUAUUAAUGUUUAUUGGAAACAUUUUCCCUGCCUUAUAAUAUGAAUAAUUGUAUUUUGUUGAAGCUGAAGCACCUGUUUGUGACUGAAUUAUAUCCUGUGGAGAGCCGAGAGAGAGAUGGAGCUUUUUUGCGCGGAACUUAUCACUUUUGUGUGCUUUUAAACCAAAUGAAUAGCAGCUACAAUCUAAUCCCCACUAAAGCACUAUUACUCGAUGCAGCGCACGUCAGUACCCAAUUUUCACUGAAAUUGAAGGGACUGAAGUGUGCGUAGCAGGAUUUUGAGAUGGCCUUUUGUUUGUUUGUCUGUAUUGCAUUUGAGGUUUUACCAAACAAUGUGAAGUUUAUUUAUCACUUUAACUUUGCUUCUGCUUUAAAGGCCUGAUCCAGAAGUGAAACAGGAUACAUGUUGCACCUCACGUGUUCCAUUAUGUUGUUUCAUUUUUAUACAUUUCAGUUCUUUUUUCAAAGCUUUUUAAACUGCUAGGGGAUUUCUAAAUGUCUAAUUCAUUUAGUAAGACCAUUAUCACUUUAUUUUCGUUUUAUUUACAUUUUUAGAAGAUAAAGAUAAAAGGUAUUUUUUCUUUGGUGUACCUCCCCCUCUGGAUUGGGGCUUUAUUGCAGCUUAUUUAUUUUCCGAGUUAGUAUAUUAGCUUAAUAAUGUUAAGAGAUUGUUAAUGAGUGGGCCUUGUUUGCUUUCUGCAUGUGUGUGGUCCGUAUCAUGUAUGUUUAUUUUUCUGUUAUUUAUGCCUGAAUGUUGAAAAUCUGUUAAAAAUCGUAGUUGCUCCCCUACUAAAAUGCUAAUGUAUUGGCUGUAAAUCGUAGGUGCUACUGAAACUCUCUUGUUGUUAACUUAACAAGUCAUACUACUGUUGUGUGUGUGUGAAGACUAUCUUUGAAAGGCUGUUAGAGAACAGGAAGUCACGGAUGCACUUUCAGUACUUUGAAUGUAACACACCUGUACUCGCACGGGAAGGAUAAAAAAGAUUUCUUGCUUAAAUUAAAAUGUUUGAAUUGUACAAUGCUGCUGAGAAACUUGAACAUCUCCAUGGCUGUAGACUGGUUUGUGGGCGAUGAGGAGAAAUGAAAGUGCAAAGGGACAUUUCUGGUAUGUUUUUUGUUGUUGAAGUUAAAUCAAUAAUUCCACCUCUUGAACAGCGACUGUUCCCUCUGACUGUAAAGUGGAUUACAUCUGAAACGUGGUGAUUCGACAGCUAACGUGUAGUCCAGCUGAUGCAAUAUGUGAAGGAUGUAACUAUUAAUGUGAGAUUGUGUCGAAGUGUUGAUGUAAAUAUAUAUAUUUAAACGUAUAACAUAUAUUUUUCAUUCUAAGGUUGUUGUGUGGUUCCCUGAAUGUCCGAGUUUAAGCAAUUUUAAAGUCUCUAUUUGAUCAGUUGGAUUUGCUGAGGAGAUUUUUACCAAAAGAACUAAGACAUACGUAUAUGAUAUUUUUGUAACAUAGUCACACAACCUUUUUGUCUAGAUUUGUCACUGAAGAUGUGCAAAAAUGACUCAAUAAAAAGUAUUAAGCACC